AUGCUUGCUCCUAUUCGCAACAUCCUGCUUCAGCGUGGCGCUGUCCGCGUCGGCGCCGUCCGCUCGCUCGCCACGCACGCUGCCAACCAAGGUCCCAUCACCUACACCGAAGCCCCGGCCUCCAAGCCCGCCACGCUCCACCUCAAGUCGGGCCACUCGUUCACCGGUCGCUCCUUUGGUGCUCCUCGCAGCGUCUUUGGCGAGACGGUCUUCACCACGUCGAUCACGUCGUACACCGAAUCGCUCACCGACCCCUCGUACCAGGGUCAGAUCCUCACCUUCACCCAGCCCCUGAUGGGCAACUACGGUGUGCCCGACAACGGUUCCGGUCAGAGCCCCAUCGAACACCCUGCCGAUGUCGACGUUGGCGCCUUCCUCGAGUCGAACAAAGUUCAGGCUGCCGGUGUGGUUGUCUCCAACCUCGCCGAGCGCUUCUCGCACUACCUCGCGAAGGAAUCGCUCGCCACGUGGUGUGCGCGACACAACGUACCUGGCAUCUUUGGUGUCGACACCCGCGCCAUCACCUCGCUUCUGCGUGACCAGGGCUCGACGCUCGGCGCGAUCCUCGUCGGUGAUGGACACGACAAGUCGCCCGACGUGGGGCAGUACAUCGACCCCAUGGCCGAGAACCUCAUCGCCAAGGUCUCAACCAAGGAGCCGUACGUGCUGCAUCCCGUCGGUGGCGCCAAGGCUGCCCGCGCCCACGUCGCGCUCAUGGACUUUGGCUGCAAGGCCAACAUUCUCCGCUCUCUCCUGCGCCGCGGUGCUUCCGUAACCGUCCUUCCUUGGGAUUACGACUUCAACGCUGUGCGCAACGGUUUUGACGGUCUGUUCCUCUCCAACGGCCCCGGAUCGCCCUACUCGAUCCAACCGGCGCUCGACAUGGCCCAGCGCGCCAUCGCCGAGUGGGACCGCCCCAUCUUCGGCAUCUGCAUGGGCAACCAGGUCAUCGGCAUCGCCGCCGGCGUCGAGGCCUACCGCAUGAAGUUCGGCAACCGAGGUCACAACCAGCCCGUCGUCGCCCUCAAGAGCGCCGGCAACUUUGUCAAGCGCGGUCGCGUCUACAUUACCAGUCAGAACCACGGUUACGCCUUGACGCCGGAUGAGGACAAGUGGCCCGAGGGAUGGCAGCCCUGGUUCGUCAACGCGAACGAUUCGAGUGUCGAGGGCAUCAUUAGGACGCAGUUGAGCGAGCAAAGGGCUAUGGUGUGGGGUGUUCAGUUCCAUCCCGAGCACGCAGGUGGGCCGGAGGAUACCAAUGGCAUCUUUGAGGACUUUGUCGAGGAGGUGGUGAGGAUCAAGGGUCAGCAGGGUCGCAGCGAGGCAGGGACGGGUUUGCCCGAGGGGACAAAGGUCAAAGAGGGCGCGCCGAAGUUCCCUGCCAGCGAGUUUGGCAUCGUUGGUCAGAGCCCUGCUCAUCUUUGA